AUCACGGCGCGAUGACCGUUCCCUGCCAGCAGAGCCCGGUGCUGGCAGGCAGCGCCACUUUGGCCGCCCUGGGGGCGCUGGUCCUGUACCUCGCGAAGCCCUCCGGCUACGGGAAGUACUCGGAGAGCCUGAUGCCCGCCGCUACCCGCCUGCCCGCCCGCGCCGCCUGGUUCCUGCAGGAGCUGCCCUCCUUCGCGGUGCCCGCGGGGAUCCUUGCCCAGCAUCCACGCUCGCUCUUCGGCCAGCCUGCGACGGUGCUCCUGGGCCUCUUCUGCGCACAUUACUUCCACAGGACAUUUGUUUACUCAUUGCUCACUAGAGGGAGGCCUUUCCCAGUUGUGUUCCUUGUCAGAGGUUUUGUCUUCUGCACGGGAAAUGGACUUCUCCAAGGCUACUAUCUGAUUUACUGUGCUGAAUACCCUGCUGAGUGGUACACUGACAUACGGUUUACCCUGGGUGUCUUCUUAUUUAUUUUGGGAAUGGGAAUCAACAUUCAGAGUGACUAUAUAUUGCGCCAGCUCAGGAAGCCCGGAGAAGUCAUCUAUAGGAUUCCACAAGGUGGCUUGUUUACGUAUGUUUCUGGAGCCAAUUUCCUUGGGGAGAUCAUUGAAUGGAUCGGCUAUGCCCUGGCCACUUGGUCCCUCCCAGCACUUGCAUUCGCGUUUUUCUCACUUUGUUUCCUGGCGCUGCGAGCUUUCCACCAUCAUAGAUUCUACCUCAAGAUGUUUGAGGACUACCCCAAAUCUCGGAAGGCCCUCAUUCCAUUUAUUCUUUAAAGAAACCAGAUAAAAAAGAAACUAAAAGCUCCCACAUGACUGUUGAACACCAUCGAGCUGCUGAGCCUGUCAUUUUCAAGUUCUCGUGUAAUAGAUACCAGGAGGCCUCCUGUGUUCUGACAGCCACGUGGAGAUUCUGUGAGGAGACUACUUUGUGCAUACUCCACCCUCCCAGGAUCUCUCUCCUGAUCUCCUGUUGAAGCUUUGACAAGGCUUUUCUCCACGCAGAGGCACCUGUCUCCUCCUUAUCUAGUCCUCCUAGAAAGUGCAAAACUUCCCUACAGUCUUUUCUUCUUUGGGUGAUCUACGUAUGUGUGGCCUAAUACCUGCUCUGUGUCAAUGUAAGACAGCCCUAUA